AUGGAUGCAAUUGAAGACAGCCCGUCCUCUUACCUAAGUUUUGUCGACUAUUUAAUAGUCUUCAGUCUCUUGGGUUUGGGCUCUUAUUACUGGCUUUUCAUACGAAAUAAGAGCAAAAAGUCUGAAUUCGACACCUCAUCCAUCAAAACAUUUUCCAUUGAACCGACGCUCACGAGAAGUGUCUCGGAAUCGGGUUUUAUUAGCAAAAUGAAGUCUGGGGGCCGAAAUGUGGUCGUGUUUUAUGGCUCCCAAACGGGAACCGCCGAAGAGUUUGCCGCCCGUCUGGCCAAAGAGGCCACGCGUUAUGGUAUGAAA